UGGGAAAGGUGACGCAUCGAGAGGGCCCGACGGCGAGGUAUAGACUGUAUUAUUGCAUGAAUCCACCAGCACGGGUACGGAUGUGCGAGGAGGACAGGAGCAAUCAGAGCAUCCAUGGAGCUGUGCAGUCCCAGCAUGACUGAAAGCAGAGGGUCUCUGUGCCAGGUGAAGCAGUUUCCCUGCCAAAGCGUCCCCAUUUGUCGCCUGCAGACCAACGGGCACCACGGGCACAACAUCGCCCACCUCGCUCAGCAGCCGUGGGUCAUCCAUCCAGCCCCGGCGGUCGCCUCCGGCCCCUCUGUGGCUGUGAGAAACAGAGUAAACACCGCCACCGCUGCUACCUGCAGCAGCCCCGACUGUGUGGCCUCCAGACUGGGAGAAGAAAAGCACCGAGGUGUCCCAAAGGGGAAAGUGGUGGUGACGGGAGGAGGGGGAUACUUUGGCUUCAGGCUUGGGAGACAACUGGCAAAUGAAGGAUUUUCAGUGAUCCUUCUGGACUUGAAUAAGCCUCCCUGUGAUAUUCCCGAUGGAGCGACGUUCUAUCAGAGUGACAUUCGAGAUUAUUCUUCCCUGUAUAAAGUGUGUGAAGGGGUUGACUGCAUGUUCCACACGGCGUCUUAUGGCAUGUCUGGCCCAGAGCAGUUGAGGAAAGAGCAGGUGGAGUCCGUCAACAUUGGUGGAACCAAUAACGUCAUAAAUGUGUGUAAGGAGAGGAGCAUCCCCAGACUAGUGUACACCAGCACCAUCAACGUGGUGUUUGCAGGGAAACCGAUUGUGGAUGGUGAUGAGGCUUCGGUGCCAUAUGUGCCCCUUGAUGCUCAUAUUGACCACUACUCCAGAACUAAAGCGAUUGCGGAGCAGAUGGUCAUCGCAGCCAACGGGGGCUCCCUCAAAGGUGGAGGCCCGCUGUGCACUUGCAUCCUGCGGCCCUGUGGCAUCUACGGACCACAAGAGAGAAGACACCUACACAGAGUGAUGAUGAACGUGGAGCGUCGGUUGUUCAGUUUCCGUUUUGGUGACCCCCGGGCUCAAAUGAACUGGGUGCACGUAGAUAACCUGGUACUGGCCCACAGACAGGCAGCUGAGGCCCUCACGCUGAAGAGGAGCUGUGUCGCUAGUGGACAGGCCUAUUUUAUUAACGAUGGCGUUUCGGUCAAUCUGUUUGAAUGGUUGAUGCCUUUGUUUGAGAAGUUGGGCUACAGCCAGCCGUUGAUAAAUCUGCCGGUUUCACUCGUCUAUUCAGCAGCCAUCCUGGUGGAAUAUCUGCACGUGGUUCUGAGACCGGUGAUAACGGUGCCGCUCCUUUUCACCAGAAGUGAGGUCAGGAACAUCGCAGUGAGCCACACUUUUAAAAUUGACAAGGCCCGCCGAGAUCUGGGCUACAGCCCGAAGCCUUACUCCCUCGCAGACUCUGUGGAGCAAUACCUGAAGUCUCGACCGCCUUGCAACACUUCGUCGCUUUUCAGCCUGUCCCGGACCUCCCGGCAGCCCCGGCGCCUUUUUCUGCUGCUUCUGAUGGGUUUCAGCGUGGUGAUACUCAUGAUAUGUUGCGUAAUUUGUCAGAACUAAACACAUUCCUUCACUGAUGCUCCGCUGCACUGCAUUCAUCUCAGGCAUUGCAGUUUCAGAUGAGAGACUCUGCUUUUACACAGCUUCUGUUAACUGAUUACAGUGUGACAAUGUAAGUGGUGACUGACUGAUAAUAACAAAUCACCAGACCCAGCUGAACGUGCUCCAAAAAUACGUCUCCAGAAUACCAGGCUAUGCAAGUUCUGUGUUUCCCCUUUUCAAAAACAGCCGCUGUUUUUAUGUUUAGACCGCAGUGUGUGUCUGAGUUUAACGUGAGUCUAGCAGGCGGCUGAAAGCUAUUAUGUAUUAUGUGAAUGUUAUUGACU